UGUGCUUUUAUUGUCUGUGCUGUUUUUUCAUGUCUCUUGCCUGCCUCUUAUUUCCUGAAACCGAACUAAUUUACAAGAACUCUGAUGUUUGAUAAUAAUAAGGAAUGAUCGUCUUCCUGAAUCAGAUUACGUGCUAUCAUUAAGAUACUGGUAUCUAUAAAAUCAGGUAAUUGAUCACUGCUCACCCAGGGACGCCCAAUUCGCAGCAGAGUGGGAGCAGGCAUCAUGAAUAAUCAAAAAGUCGUGGCUACACUGCUUCAGGAGUGCAAGCAAGCUCUCGAUGUGCUCUCACCCAAGAUGUCUGAUGCAUCGGAGGAAGACAAGAGAGAGUACCAGCAGUGCAAAGCUUCGCUCCCUGAUGAUCUAAGGACCCUUAUUGAAGAGGCAAAGGAAAUGAAGUGGCCCUUCGUGCCAGAGAAGUGGCAAUACAAACAAGCCAUAAGCCCAGAAGACAAAACAAAUCUGCAAGAUAUGAUCAGUGCAAGGCUGCAUGAAUUACUGGUUUAUUUGAAAGCCUCCAUCAUGGUCAAGGACUGUGCAACAGCAGCUGCUAUUGUGUUCCUGAUUGACCGAUUCCUAUAUUGGGUGGAUGCCUCCAGCAAACUUCUUCGGAUUGCCAAAGGCCUGCACAAGUUGCAGCCAGCCACACCAAUAGCCCCUCAGGUGGUUAUUCGCCUAGCUCGCAUCUCUGUAAAUUCAGGAAAACUUUUAAAAGCCGAGUAUAUCCUAAGCAGCCUUAUAAAUGACAAUGGAGCAACAGGCGUGUGGCUGUAUGACAAGGAAAGUGAUAGGAUUCUUGUUCAGUCAGUCUGUAUACAGAUCAGAGGACAGAUUCUGCAAAAGCUUGGAAUGUGGUAUGAGGCAGCGGAGCUGGUUUGGGCGUCAGUUGUAGGCUAUUUCAAACUGCCUCAGCCAGAUAAAAAGGGAAUUGCUACAUCACUGGGUAUUUUGGCUGACAUCUUUGUUUCCAUGAGUGAGAAAGAUUAUAAUAGUUUUAAAAACAACUCUCAAGUUGACCUGAGCCUUCUCCAAGAGUUUGACCAUCGCUUACUGUCAGCUGCUGAAGCCUGCAAGCUGGCAGCUGCCUUCAGCCAGUACACCCCGCUUUUUGUGCUCACCGCGGUGAAUAUCCGUGGCACAUGCUUAUUGUCCUAUAGUUACUCCAGAGAAUGUCCUCCAGAGAAGAGAAAGUUCUAUUUGUCAGAAGCUAAGGAAUCCUUUGAAAUUGGUCUUCUCACCAAGAAAGAAAAUGACCCUGUCACUAGCAGGCAGGAGCUUCAUAGUUUUAUUAAAGCAGCUUUCUGCCUUACAACAGUUCAUCGGCGACUCUACGGGGAAAGCAAGAGACUCUGUGAGGUGAGACAGCUAUGUAGCGAAGCCAUGGAGAAACUGUACACUUACAGCACUUCACCUUUUACUGAGGAUCAAGACAAAGAAACACUUGCCAAAGAGAUCAUGUCUUUGAUCAUGUCUGUCAAGAAGCAUUUAGAAGUACAAAGCUUCCCUAAUUCAGAUGCCAGGUCUUAUGUUCCUGAUAGCUACAAAGGUGGAGUGGAAAAGCCUAUCUUGCAUGGUGAAGUGAAUUUUGAGAAAAUCCUUGAAAUGCAUUCCCAGCAUCAUAGGUCAAUAAGUGAAGUGUUUGAAAGUACUUGCAGGAGCCAGGAAACCAGGCAGAGAGAAGCCAAAAUGGGAGCUUGCAUCACUGCCUUAAAAACUGAAACUAAAAAUGUAGACACCAUGUGUACCACUGAAGAAAAAUUACCCUAUGGCAAAUACAUUGCCAAAAUCUCUGAUUCACAAAACGCAAGAAGAAGCCGUGAGAGACUCAGUGGCCGAAGGAGAUGGAUUAGUUCUAAUGUAAUGAACGUCUCCCUUGAAGAAGAAAUGGAGAGCAAGCCAUUAGACAAAGUUACCAAUGAUGAAGAUGGGAUUUUCAGCCAUUUGCAAAGCAGGAGUCAAAGCACUAGUUCUUUGAAGUCUUGGAGCAAGUUGUCAAAAUCAAGUUCCUCUGCUAGCUGGGAGGAGCUAGAUUGUAACGCUAGCAAUAAACUGCCCAGAGAUUGGCAACCAAGGGAAAAGGGCUCAGUGGAUGAGCAGUGUUGCACUGCCUCAACCGAAUCUACUGAGGAAAAUGUUCAAGCUAGUAGCCUGCACUCAUUGUCCUUCCAAACUCAUCAUCUUACUCUUCAAGAGCCACAGAGUGGCUGUUCAGGUCCUUCUCAGCAUUCAUUAAAGAAAAAUAUGCUCUUUGCUAAUAGAUUAGCAGGUGCGUCCUCAGCUUCCAGAGAAGGGCUCUUGGAGGGGACAGAACCUGAAAGGGGUGCCUCAAAACAGAACGCAGGGGAUGCCAAUAGUAUAGACUUCAGGAAUAAUGCUAUUUCUUUAAUGGACUUAAAGGGUGCCCAUUGUUCUGGUCCCAACAGACCUGAGAGGGAGACGAUUUCCUCUUCCUUGGCAGAAUUAGAAUCCUUUGAAAUAAUUGAGUCCAGAACCAAGGACAGCAAUAGAGACUUCAGUGUUAUUCACAGCCCUACUCAGCGCAGCGUAGUGGAAGGAAAUGUAAUAGAUGCUGAAAGAUAUAAAAGAAUCACAGAGCCAUUAUCUAUAAAUAAUUAUUUGUGGAUUGACCCAGAAGGAGAUACUGUAGACAAUACAGAGGAUCUGCCAAUUGAGCCUCAUGUACCUAUAGGUAAGGUAGCUACUACGACAUCUAUAAGCAACAAGUCAGAAAUAGCAAGUGAUUCCUUUGUAUGUAACUGGAUUAAUAAAUCUUCUGCUGAAAUGGCUGGAAAUGGAUCUUUUGAAAUGCCUGAAGUCGACACCCAGGCAGAUACAGAAGAUGAAUGGGAGUUUGCUUUCAGCAAUAGCAGGAGCUCAGUAAACAGCUCUCCUGCCAUGAAUGCUCCAAGGCCUCAACUUAGCCACGGGGUUGGGAUCAGAGUUUCACCAUCAGGGAGGGAGAAGCCAGAAGCUGACGGCUUCAAUGACUGUGCUACCACAGAGGAAGAUGAAGCGGAAAAGUACAGGAACAUUCUGAACAGCAGCCACAGCUCAAGCUCCUCUCUGAAAUCAUGGUACAAAUCAGCUCAGUUUUCCAGCAGUUUCUCUGAACUAGAGAGUCCAUCUUUUCCGAACUCCAGUGGGAGCUCUUUUGUCUUUGUGCCUGGGAGAACCAAAGAACAAAUCCUAAAAGCUCGCUUUCUAGAAGAUGCUGACUAUGAGAAGCUCUUGUCAGGUGUUGAGCAUAACUGGCUAGUGCAGAGACUGGAGACUACUGGAAUAUUUAAGGCUAGACAACUCCACAAAGCAUACUCUGCUCUUCUUCUGAAAUACUCUAAGAAAUCUGGGCUGUGGACAGGCCAGGAAACAGCUGUGUAUAUUGGAGACUACCUGAGCGUGGCGAAGGAAGGCAAACAAAGGAAUGCAUUUUGGAUACACUUUCUGCAUCAAGAAGAAACUUUGGGAAGGUAUGUUGGGAAAGAGUAUAAAGAAGAAAAGGGGCUUCUUAACCAUUUCAUUGAUGUAGAGCGACAAAUGACUGCCCAGUACUACGUGACAGAAUUCAACAAAAGGCUGUAUGAGCAAAAGAUUCCAACACAAAUCUUUUACAUCCCCUCUACAGUACUCCUGAUAUUAGAAGGCAAAUCUAUAAAAGGAUGUGUGAGUGUGGAGCCCUAUAUUCUGGGAGAAUUUGUGAAACUAUCUAAUAACACAAAAGUAGUAAAGACAGAGUACAAAGCCACAGAGUAUGGCUUGGCCUUUGGCCAUUUCUCAUAUGAGUUUUCCCAUGGCAAAGAUGUGGUUGUCGAUUUGCAAGGUUGGGUGACUGGUAAUGGAAAAGGCCUCAUCUACCUCACAGACCCCCAAAUUCAUUCUCUUAAUGGGAAAGAUGUUUCACACUCCACCAACUUUGGAGAGAAAGGAAUCUAUUAUUUCUUCAAUAAUCAACACGUGGAGUGCAAUGAAAUCUGCCAUCAUCUUUCUUUAACGAGGCCUUCGGUAGCAGAACCUAACUAGCCUCGUGCAAAGACAGCCUGACAGGUGCUGAUGUGGACCUGAUCCCUCACACAUUUAGACACAUAAAUAACUCUGCUUGCGAGAGCAGAGACAUAGAAGUAAAAUUACUUUUAUUCCUAAGUGUGGAAGGAUCCGGGUCAUUGUUCCAGGUUGGUAACACCAUGUUACUGAAUACAGCUUGUGGAAAUUAACAAAACCACAUAAAAGUAUAUUCAAGGAACAUACAGGGUGUAACAAACCCACAAAGGCCAGGAAAAUUAUGAGCUAACACUAGAACUUUGUCCUUACAAUGAUCAGUCUCAUCUAGAAAUCGCAGCACCAGAAGGAGACAAGAUGGUACAACCUUUACUCAGGGCUUGACUUCAAUGUGGGUUUUGGCUGAGAAAGGACAGUGGGAUGUGUAACCCUAGCUGCUAUUAGGAGAUACUAUUCUAAGGAAGAGGGUGUAGUCAGGAUCUGGUAUAGUUAUUUCAGGUAUUUGGGUUUACUUGUAUUUAUGAUUUUCAGAGACUUUUUUCAGUGUCUACAUGCUGUGUUACUGAAACAAAAAGUGAUAAAAUGUAGCUUCUUUCUCUCAGACCUUAGUGUGUAAUUUCUUGCUUCCAUUUUAAAAUGGCAGUUUUAAUGGUGCUAGCCGCAGAGCAAACCUUGCAGCCCUUAUACAGGCAAAACUGCUGUUGAUGCGGAAGGAAGCCUUGCCACAGGAAGGAUGGCUGGACUUGCUCACAUCUGUGUUAAUGUGCCCACAGGACUGACAGUUCUCUCUUAAAAACAAAACAAAACGAAACAAAACUGCCUCUAAUGGAACUGUGGCUGCCACAAAUCUAAAGGCCAGUCUUGCAACCCUUAUUCACACAAGUAGUCCCACUGAAGUGAAGGGAGCUAUUUGCCCUUAACUGGACACAGGACUCCAACUGAGGCGUAACCAGCUCUGAGUAGAGUGGUCCUAUCAUCUCCCGUGACUUGCAUGCUAUGCCUCUGUUCAUGUAGCCCAAAAUUGCAUCUGCUUUUUUGGCAACAGCAUUUCAUUGUUGACUCAUGUUAAGGUUGUGAUCCACCUCAACUCCCAGAUCCUUCAGCCGUGCUGCUGUCAAGCUAGUUAUCCCCCAUUCUGUAUUUGUGCAUUUGUUUUUUCUUCCCUAAGUGUAGCACCUUACAUUUGUCUUUGUUGAAUUUUGUUGAAAUGUUGAAUUUAUCUUUGUUGAAAGUGUUGCAGCUACACUACUGUUUUUAGUGUCCUAACUCAGAUGAGAGCUAGCACACAUAUGCAUAUGUGAGCUGGGAGUCACCCCUCUAGUUCAUAGUGUGGACAUAGCCACACGGUCACAAUGUCUCCUGGGAACUGCAGCUUACACAAUUUUCAGGGCAGUGCCUAAAGUCACAUUCUAUACCUAUGUGUUCAUCUAGCACUAACUUAUCUGACACAUUGCACUCUCUUGUCACUGAUGGUGUAAGAACCUGUCAUCUGUAGCUCAUGUCAUCUGGAAGUGCCUUCCUGAACAUCUCUACUUAACUCCUAGCUGUUUUCAAAUCCACCCUGAAAGGAUAUCUUUUCUCCCUUGUCUAUAGCUCUAACUUCCCUUUUUCCUCUGCUUUCAUUUCUAACAUGUCUCUUGAUUAACUCUAUAAAGAAUGAAAAUGCUAAACUCCCUAUAUGCUUAAUGUAUCUAUCCAGCCCAUGAUGUAUUAGGAUUUCUGCAGAAUAUAAGAAUAUCAUAUAAAAAUUAAGAUUCUGCUCCUCAUGGUUGUGAAAAUAAACUUUCCAAUGUACAGUGA